ACACACACACUAUAUUGCCAACAGUAUUGGGACUCCCCUCCAAAUCAUUGGAUUCAGGUGUUCCAAUCACCUCCAUGGCCACAGGUGUAUAAAAUCAAGCACCUAGACAUGCAGACUGCUUCUACAAACAUUUGUGAAAGAAUGGGUCGCUCUCAGGCGCUCAGUGAAUUCAGUGGUUCUGUGAUAGGUUUCCACCUGUGCAAUAAGUCCAUCCAUGAAAUUUCCCUGCUACUAAAUAUUCCACGGUCAACUGUUAGUGGUAUUAUAACAAAGCAACUGGGAACAACAGCAACAACUGGUAGGCCACGUAAAAUGACAGAGCGGGGUCAGCUUAUGCUGAAGCGCACAGUUUACAGAAAUUGCCAACUGUCUGCAGAGUAAAUAG